GUGCACAAGAUAUACGGAGAUGGCAAUUGCAUGUUCAGAGCAAUUAGCUACAUUUUGUGGCGGAAUGAGGCAGAGCAUCAAUCGCUCCGAGCUAUGGUUGUGCGGCAUGUUAAAGACAAUUGGCACGAAUAUGGUCCAUUUGUAAUGGCCGAGUGGAAUAUUUCGGAUAGUCAAGAGUAUUAUGAUUACAUGAGUCUAGUAGGCACGUUCGCCAGCGAAUUAGAGUGCACGGUGGCUACCAAACUUCAUCGCAUGAAUCUCUCAAUCUAUCGCGAACUCGUCGGCAGAUACGAGCUCGAGCUAGUUUUCCACAAUCACGUGAAUGCCAACUACGAGACCGCACGGCUUCUGUUUACCGGAUGCUCCGAAAACGGUCAUUAUGACUUGCUGUUACCCGACUCACUGUCAAGUCUUUAUCUAUAG